AUGACGAGCCACCAAGACGUCAUCGCCUGGCUGGUCCCUACGGCGCGAGGCACAAGCUCAGACAAGGCCACCCAAAUGCCCGAAAAUAUGUCCCGGACCAUCGACAUAUCCUCUUCUUCUACAUCUCCCUACUUGACCUCUCACAUCUCCAACCUGUCCACCGCCACCAUCUGCCGUCCCGAGCGCGCUCUCCAGCUCACGUUUGACCAGCCUCUCAAGAGACGCGGCCGCAUUGUCCUGGGCACCGACGCGCGUACAUGCGACCUCAGCCUUCCGCGGGUCGCCGGCGUGGACGGCCAGCACUGCACAAUCAGCUUCGACAGCCAAUCCCGUCUCGUGCUGCAGGAUACCUCAACGCGAGGCACGCAGGUAUGGUACGGAUCGGAGAGCAGCGGUGACAAGACAAAUCACAUUUGGGUCCUCUCGGGGUCGACGCAGCGCGUCACCAUCGAUAUCCAAGGUCUGCGAUUUCACAUCGUCGUCAACGAGUACCCUGGAAAGGACCCUGUGGCAUACCAGGCCAAAGUGGAUGAGUUCAGCCUACAGCCGCCGUGGGCAGACCUGAUCACCCCGGACUGGGACAGGGCGAGUGUUGACCCUGUUUUGCCACUCUUCACUUCCCAGCCACUUUUUCGGCACAUCUUUGUCAAGGGCGUCGUGCACGACGAGGGCAGAGGGGAAUUAUACCUCUGGAACAUGGCGAGGCCAUGGGAACCAAUGGUCAAGGCAUAG